AUGGUCGGCUAUGGCACCCAGAUGAUGAAUCAUCUUAAAGAUUAUCACGUGCAACACGGAAUUUACCAUUUCCUGACUUAUGCUGACUCUUUUGCUACCGGAUACUUCCGAAAACAGGGCUUCUCGAAGGAGAUCCGACUAUCGCGGCAGUCUUAUCAGGGCUAUAUCAAGGAGUAUGAGGGCGCAACGUUGAUGGGUUGUGAGCUCUACCCGAAUAUUGUAUACACUGAAUUCUCCGAGAUAGUCGCAAAACAAAAGGAUCUUGUCAGUUUGCUCAUUGAGCGCCGACGAUCUGCCUUAUCACGCACUAAUCCUGGUCUGCCUAAUUCCGCCUUUCGAAACGGUCCUCUCUCGCCAAAUUUGAUUCCUGGCCUCUUAGAAGCCGGAUGGAGCUAUGAUAGCAAUUCCCUAAUAAACGGUUUGGAUUUAGAGGCUAAAAUUGGUGAAUCAGAUACUAUGCCGUCCUCUUUAGCUACGCCGACAUCGGUUGCAGCAAUCACGUCCCCCUCAGUGUUGUCAUCAAUGGUAGCAACAGCGUCUGGUCACUCGGGAUUAUUGAACUCUCCGUUCACUGCUCUCGGUCCGCAUACUGUGGAGCACUGCUCCCAGUCUCAAGUACUAGGGGUGAACACUUCACUUUCAGGCUCUGGGACGUCAGACUCUGCCCCAUGCGAGAUCAAAAAUGAACUAACUUUACUCGUUUCUGGUCGUAAUCUUAGAUUGCGCUCGUCGGUCGCCUCACUCUCGGCUACUGGAACCUGCACACAAAAUACCACUGGUGAAUCUGCUAGCUGUAUGUUGCAGACCACGCCAAUUCGGCCAGUUCGCCCACGACGCCAGUCCUCCACUGCGACCACCUCUAAACCUAAGUUAAUACCUAACACUUUUUACUUAUGCAAUUUUGAUUUUUCGUUACCGUCUCUUUUUUAA